GGCGACGGCAUAACAACCAACUGGUCGGGUGAAGUAAAUAGUUAUCUGCAAUGAAAGUUUUUGCUCGUAUCCGUAUCUUUGAAAUCAGCAUCUAUCCAGAUAACAAGAAGAAUCGUUGUCGAGUGUGAUCUGUUCGUCCCCAUCCCAUCGUCAUCAUCAUUGUUGCUGCUCCCGUGUGCUAUGACAUUUAAAUACAAACACUCACACACACACACAUGCACAUAUAUUUACAUUUUUUGUGGAGAAGUAAAAUCUUGAAAUAGAGAGUAAGGACGGAUGGGUGGAUGGAUGCAAUGAUGUGAGGCCACCAAGUCAGUGAAAUUUGUUGUGGGGAACCCUAGUGUAUUUUUAACGUUUGCAAACGUGAUCUAUUUUUGUUUUUCAUGGUAGUGCAGUCUUAGAAGAAGACAAAAUGGAAUAAUAGCGUCAUCAGCACUCCGUCCACGCCGAACUCGUCUCUGUCGUCGCAGUCGAAUCUGUAUGGUUCGCCAAAUACUUCGCCUGCCACGCCCACCCAACAGUCCAGUACACCACUGGUUGGCAAUAAUACGACAGGAUCAUCGGGCCAUAAGAACAGUUUGAAAGGCACUAAAUUUGCCAGGCGGGCUAGAUCGUUUAAAGACGAUCUGAUAUCUAUGAUGCGUACGCAAACCAACACCUUGGGGAGAUCCCAUUCUCCCCAAAGCCCCAGGCACAAAAAUAAACCGCCACCCACGGCAGAGGAAGUGGCCAAAUCAUCGCAAUCUCUCGACAUUCAUGUUAAGGACAUAACAAAUGCCUUGAAACAUUUCAAGGAUGUUAUACUUAAAAAGAAACUGGAGGUUUUGCCUGGCAAUGGCACGGUAAUAUUGGAGACAACCGCCUGCAUGCUUUCAGCUAUUCAAGCGUAUACGCUGAACGAAAACAACACCACUCUAUUGUCGGCUACGCAACAAGUCCAGAAAACGUUGGGUAAACUGAUCAAGCUUUGUGAUGAAGUUAUGCUGAGUGAAGAUUCCGAGGAAUGUGCUUCGUUGAGUAAUGACAAUGUGCGAGACAUUAUCGAUUCAUUUGCAGAAGCAGUGAGGAAUCUAGCCACAUUGGCUCAAGAGAGUUUAAAGGAGCGUAGAGAUUUUACAUUUCAAUAUGAUGUUAAUGCUACGGAAGCCCAAACGCCGACGACAACAGCUAUUGGUUCCAAUAAUACACACAAUUUGUUAAUGCGUCCCUCAGUAGAAGUUGCUGGACAACGUACAUCUCUGCCGGAUAUAACAUUGACACCAAAAGAACGGGAUAUACUUGAAAAAACCACAUCAAAUCCCAUGCAUGCUUCAUAUAGUACUGAAAAUAUAUUAAGAGACUCCAGUCCCCCACCAAAACCACCAUUGCCUAAUAGAUCACACAAUCCUCCACCAUUGCCACCAAAGAAAAACAGUCAACCCGUCAAUCAAUCGCUUACCAAUUAUGAUACAAGUAUCAAUAGUUCAGAUGCCGAAUUAGGUGUGGAUCAUCUAACAGUUCGUUCUUGUUCACCGGAUGAGAAUUCUAGUCAAUGCUCUUUAGAUCAAUCCCGUGAUGAAGAAGAAUACCAUGAAUUCAAUUUGGCCUAUAAAUAUCUAGCGGAAGGUAUUGGUGCCGGUGGCGGCGGGGCCUGCGGCAAAGACAAUGGAAUAAAAGCGGCCACCACUAGAUCUGCUGAGAAUCCGAUUGAAAGCAAUAUAAUCCAAAAAUCUGGAAAAUGUGACUUAUCUGGCGGAGUCAUCACCGAAUUUGAUGAGGAAAUUGGCAAAACAGAAUUGCGCAAAGUGAACAAUCAUCGCCAUUCAAAUGAAUCGGGCUUUCAUUCAAAUUGUUCCAUACGCACCUCAACACAGUCCUAUUCAAAACACUCCUCCGAUGUUAGUUUUCAAUCAUCUACCAAAUCCAGUAACUCAACAUCGGAGCUAACCUAUAUGUGCAGUAACAACAGCAUCAAUGAGGACUUCUUUCAACAACACCAUCAGCAGCAGCAGAUUAGUAGCACAAAGAAAACAGCUUCGGUAUGCAUAUCGAGUACCAGUACGAGUAGUAUAUCGGAAACAUCGGCACUGCGCAUUUUAAACGAUGAUGAGCGGCGUAUCUCGUCGCCCGAUCAAUUUGAGGCUGAGAAAAAGUUGUUGGAAAAAUUUCAGGCAAUGUCCACCACCAGCAGUAGCACAAGCAGUGCUAUUGUCAAACAAAGCAAUAGCUUAGAUAUAACCUCAACCGAGGAUAUACUGGCAACAUUGACAAAUGAUAUACCACCGGCAUUACCACCAAAAACAUCACGCCUUCCGAAAGUAUCUUCGUAUGACUCCGAUACCCCCGAUAACUCUACUGAUAUACCUGAAUUACGUCGCCAAGUUCGAACGUUUCAAUGGCAGUCAAAACACAAAAGUUUAGAUCCUCGCCGUUUAGACAUGCCGGCCGGCAGCUGCAGUGCCAUUAACAUGGGUUUAAAUGGCCAACUAGAAGAGCCCCCACCUUUGCCCAUCAAAAAGAAGCAUAUGUUUCAAAGUGUGGCAUUUUCAGUUUUGGCUUAUAUGGAAAUAUGUUCGGCAUCUACACAACGUCAUACUGUUCAUGCUUACAACUUGAACAGAAACAUAACACACAGUCAAACAAUGAAUAUUGCUACCACAUUUGCCCAAAAAGAUUUGCAGGAGGUGCCACCAGCAUUACCGCCCAAAAACUAUAAGCAAUGGAAAAAUUCAUCAACGGCAACAGCGGUAGGAAGUGGUGGCAGCUCAGCAGCGGUAGCAGCAUCAACAUCAUCAUCAUCCUCUUCACCGAUACCACCACCGACAAUUAUUACAACACCACCCCCUAGUCCAAAACCUUCACAUUUGACAUCAGAUCAUCGCAUCUUGAGUCUGUCGGGUGGCAAUGAAAUAAUGUCAACGGUAUCUGAAGAAGUGGGCGAUCAGUAUGAUGAUGACACAGGUCUGAUACAUUCACAUGAAUUGCAAAAUGUCUAUGAUACGUCCAUGCCAAGAACACCAACAUCACCUACGCUGGAUAAGAUGGGUCCGAAUGGUGAUUACUCGAGUGAAGUGGAGGAAAUGGUCAAUUACAAUAACUGCAAUAGAAUGAGUCCUCUAUCGACAGAAGAAAUCAAUCAUUUACCAAAUAUUUUGGAAGAGGUUGAUGUAAGGCCAUAUUUAAUAUUCAAAAAAGAGAAUGAAGAGGGUCCCGAUGUUAAAGGAGGCUAUAUUGAUGCUUUAAUUGUGCACGCUAGUCGCGUCGAAAAUGUCACCGACAAAGUUUUCACUGAAGCAUUUAUUACAACUUUCCGCACCUUUAUACAACCCAUCGAUUUAAUUGAAAAACUAACCCAUCGUUAUACGGUAUUCUUUUGCCAAUUAAACGAUCCAAAGAAAAAGUCAGCCAAUGAAACGUUCUCAUUGCUUGUUAGGGUUUUAAAUGAUUUAACUUGCACGGAUUUAACCUCUCGCAACCUGCGUAACUUGAUUGUAGAAUUUGUGUAUGAACUGGUAUGUGCCGGGGAAUUAUAUUGUGCAAAAUUAUUACAUAAUAAAUUUGUUGAAAAGUUUAAUAUUUACAAUGAAUCACGUAUGCCUGCCUAUCCAUCCACUGAUAUGUUUUCUAUAGUCAGUGCCCAGCCUAGUUUAUUGGAUUUCAAGGCCAUGGAAAUUGCCAAACAAAUGACUCUGUUAGACGCUGAACUAUUCCAAAAAAUCGAAAUACCCGAAGUUCUAAUGUUUGCCAAAGACCAGUGUGAAGAGAAAUCACCAAAUUUAAAUAAAUUCACGGAGCACUUCAACAAAAUGUCCUAUUGGGUACGUUCGAAAAUCCUAACGUUAAACUGUGCCAAAGAGCGUGAGAAAUAUGUGGAGAAAUUUAUAAAGAUCAUGUCACAUUUGAAGAAGAUACACAAUUAUAAUUCAUAUUUGGCCUUAUUGUCUGCGUUGGACUCUGCACCCAUCAGAAGACUCGAAUGGAAUAAAUCUAUUAAAGAGACGUUGAAGAAUAAUUGCAAUAUAAUCGAUUCAAGUUCCAGUUUUCGAAAUUAUCGUAAGGCAUUGGAGGAAACAUCACCACCCUGUAUACCAUAUAUUGGCCUUGUUCUUCAAGAUUUAACAUUUGUACAUGUGGGUAAUCCCGAUUACUUAAAGGAUGGUGUGGUGAAUUUUUCAAAACGUUGGCAACAGUACAAAAUUAUUGAAAAUAUGAAGCGUUUCAAGACAUGCUCAUACACAUAUCGACGCAACGAACGUAUUAUUCGAUUUUUUGAAAAUUUCGAAAACUUCUUGGGCGAAGAGGAAAUGUGGCAAAUUUCCGAAACAAUAAAACCCAGAGUUGGUAAACGCAUGGUUGUAAAUAAUUAAUUGUUUUUAUCGUAAAAUUUAGCAGAACAAAACACACAAGAAAAACACACACAGAAAUGAAAACGUCGGGCAAAGCAACAUUACAAAAUUUUAAAUGGAGAUGAAUUACAAAUUUCCAAAUACAACAGAGCAUAAUGAAAGUGAGCUGCUGCUGGUUAGCUGGCUAGCAAUUCAAUCGAGUGUAUGAAUGAAACAAACAAACAAAACAAAUGCAAACAUAAACAAAAAACUGUAUUCUAUAAACAAAACAAGAUAAUCUAAUAACAAAAAAGAAAAAAAGAAAAUCUAAAACUACUUGCACAACGAAUGAUGUGAACGAUGGAAAAAUGGUUUAAUUUUAAAAUUAAUGUUAUAUAUUUUAAUUUUUUUUUUUUUUCGAAAAAACUUCUUUUGCUGUUACAAAGCAAUAUUUGUUUUUGUAAUACUACAAAAGGGCUUAAUGAAUUGUGUGUUAUAAUGCAAUGCCUACAAUAGCAAUGGCGAGAUCCAGGAAGUAUUUGAUUUAAGAAUUCGAUUGCAUUUUUUCUGGAAAAGAUGGGGAUUUUUUUACUUUUUACUAUCCACCUUGUAAAGGUAAGCUAAAUGCAGUUCUUCAGCGAAGAUUCUUGUUUUCUGGUGCUCAUUUGAGGCCUCAAUGAGUCGAUCUUUUCUUCUUAAGUAAGUAGAAAUGUCCGUCGAGAGUCACCGAAUCCCAAAGUUCGUAGAGUUUCACCGCUUCAAUGACAACAUUAUUUGGCGUUGCAGUCCAUUCAGUCAUCCUCCUAAUUGCAAAGCUGCAAAAACCGCGAAUAGUAAUUUUUUACUAUGCACCUUGUAAGAGUAUGCCAUUUGAAGCCUCUCCAGCUUCAUAUUCAAUGCCGAAUCCCGAAUCCUGUGAUGAGAAUUGAAUGGUGGCCCAUAUCGGUUCGCUUCAGUCGUCCUCCUAAUUUAAACGUUUCAAAGACCUCAAAUAGUAAUGUUACUAUCCUCCUUAUAAGAGUAGGCCAUUUGUAGCCUCACCAGAUUUGCAUUGAGUAUGCCGAAUGCCACAUGCUGCUUGAGAAACGCUUUUUCGAAGUUCCUGUGAUGAGAAAUGAAUGGAGAAUUUGAAGCCUCACCAGCUUCAUACUCAAUGCCGAAUCCCACAGGAUCGAAGACCAGAAUCGCAUUUAGAGCUGCUUGAGAAAUACUCUCUCGAUGUUCCUGCGAUGAGAAUUUAAUGAUGGUCUAUAUCGGUUCACUUCAGCUGGCUACUUUCACAGAAAUGGUAAAUAUUUUGAACAAAUCCUGGGGGUGGCACCAAUUGUAUUCAAACUUCAAAUAUCGUUCGUAUAUCAAACUCAGAGGUAGAUUAUCGGUCUACCUAGCUAAGGACAAUGACAAAAAUAAAUGAAACGUCACAAACUCCCCCCAAAAAUUAAUUCAACCAUAGAUUCACCAUUUCCAGAUUCCGUCUUUAUCACCCUUAAUACAAAUGAACUCACUAAUUUUCUUUUCGAAGAACAGCCUACAUUUAAAUUCUGAGACUAGGUCUAAAUGUUUGAAAAUUCCAUCUUAACCACACUCUAGUAUUUGACAAAAUUAUUCAAAAUGCAAUCAUUCGAUGGACACAGACACACAAUUUCAUAAUUUUCUUAAAACCCCAAUUUUUUGUGAAAAUUUUUAAGAACGAAUAUUUAAAGUAACAGAAAAAGAAGUACGUUCUUUUAAUGAACACAUGAUUUUCAAAAUCAUGUAAUUCAAAAACAAACAAAAAAUAAAUUGAUAAAUCUCUGUUUUUUAUUAACUAUUGUAUUGUAAGAAACUCGGGCACUUUUCUAAAAAGUUGCACAAAACAAAACUGCUUUUAAACAUAAGUUAUACUUGACUAUUUUUGUGGACAAUUUUCGUUAUAUUUUUCGUAAUAUACUCUGUGAGAAUCGUUGUCAUUCAUAUUAAGACACCACCAUUUAAAAUCGGCAUUGUCAUCCAAGAAAACAUUGAAUAAUUUGAAAUGCAUGAAGAUGUAAAAUAUGUUUUUUUUUUUCAAUAUUCUCUAAAACAAGUAUUUUUUUAUAACUCGGAAAUUGGAAGUAAAAGGUUUCAGAAAAAGAAUAGUUUUCAUUUCUGUAAUCAUUUGCUACCAGGUUUCGAUUGAAACUCACCUAGAACAGUUUAUAUUUUAAAUCAAUGCUAAAUUUAAAAUUCAGACACACACACACACACUCAAAACAAAGAAACACAAGGAAUUAAGACUGUCUUUUUAGAUGUAAAUACAUACAUAACACAUAUAUGUAUAUGAAAUAUAUAUAUAUAUAUUUGAAAAAUAUAUAUUUACUACUUGUAUUCUUCAUGUAUAGUUUCAGUUAUUUUAAAUAGAAUUUUGUUUUUCCAAAAAGUACCCGAACCCUAAAAGUUUUGUUUGUUUCAUGACUAUUUUGUACCAAAAAAAGGAGAAAAUCACAAAAAAUAUGUAUUACUUCAAUUGUAUUAUAAACAAAGGAAAUGUUCUAUCACCCGACCCUCCCGUCAAAUAUAAAAAUGAUAUAAAUUGUGUUUUAUUAGCAUCAUGUAUUGCAUUGUCUUGUAUUUUGUUCUCUUUGUUAAAUUAGCCAUUGUUUUUUUUUUUAGAUAUCUCAAAUUAAGUGUCGCGCUGUAAAAUUUAACGAAAGUUUUAAGAAAGCAUUUUUUUAGUAAAUAAUUUAUUAUUUCUUCUAAGAACAAUGUCAGAAAAUCAAUCGCCUAAUUAAUUAUAUUUUAUGUGUAUAUAUACAUACAUGGUAAAACACACACACACAUGGACACAAAAUUUUAUUAUGCUAUCUAUACAUACAUAUAUAUAUUAAAAAUAUUUAUAUUAAUUUAUUUUAUAUAAAUUAUAAGUAAGAGAUUUAACACUUUUUUAAGAAAAGAAAGAAAACCUACAAAAAAGUGAUGUUUUUUUUUAAUUUUUAUACUCAACAAAAAUGUCAAUCAAAACCCACAACACACACACACAAAGAGACCCAAUUGACAUCAAGGUCCAUUAUAUAUCACCGUACAACACACACUGUCUUAGCAUAUGUUGUUAAGUACGCUUUGAAAUAAUACUAUUUCCAGACUUAUUCUAAAAUUACUUUGUAAUUACUAGUCUGGGAUGUUAGCUUUAACGGAUUUACAUUUAAAGUUUGGUGAAGGAGAGUAAUUUGGCUAAGAGUUUUUGGUUUGUCCUAAAAUCCCACAGAAAAUCGAUUCGGUUGAACAAGAGUGUGAAAGUAUUGAAAGCAUUAUUUAAAUGAAAGAUGAUUUUUUAGAAAUUUAAAAAAAAACAUAAAACUCAGAAAAAACCAAAGAUCUUUUCUUGAAUUCCUAGUAAUGUUUGAAGAUUACAAAAACAGCAAAUUCUGUGUUUUUGCUAUCAAAUUUCAAGUUUUAUUUAGAAAAAAAUUAAAUGGAAUCAAGUAAAAAAGCAGCUAAAUUCGGCUGGGCCGAACUUUUGAUACCCUCCACCAUUUCGAAGGAACUUGAAAAAUUUCAAAAAAAAAAAAAACUUCCGGAAACUACCAAUUAAAUUAUACCUGUUAUAACGUGGACGAAAUCAUCAUCAUUUAUCAUAGGCUAUAGUACCCAUUACGAACUUCAAAUGCGAAAUUUGAAACGAUUCCGGUGAAUAAUGUUGCUGAAAUCGUCAAAAUACCGCCUAUCGGUAGGUACCGUUAUAUGGGAGCUAUACAAAAAAUUGAAUCUACAUUCAAAAAGUUUUGUCAUAGGCUGUAGUACUCAUUAUGAACUUGAAGUAAUUCGCUAAAAUCAUGAAAAUACCUAAUAUCGGGAGGUACUGUUGCAUGGGGGCUACACGAAAAAGUGGACCGACAUGGCCCAUUUACAAACUUAACCUGCUUACUGAUAAAUUAUGCAUAUAUGACAAAGAUAUACAACAGGCGUUAAAUUUGAUAUUUUAGAAGUUCAAUAAGUUCAAUCCAUGACCCCAAGGUGUGGUAUUUUCAAAAAUUUUGUCUAUACCAAUCCAAGGCCCAAAGACGUGGAUUUUUAUACUCUACACCACAAGGGAAACGUGUUUGGGAAACGAGAUAGACCCAUAGUUCCUUUUAAUGAUCUGCAGGUCGCAUUUAUUUCCCGAUUCAGAUGAAAUUUUGCACAAGUCAUUUGUUUGACCCAAGGACGAGCCCUGUUGAAAUUGGAGAUAAUCGGUCAAAAUUUAGAUAUAGCUUCUAUAUAUAACUUCAUCCGGUUUGCCUUUAUUGUGCACCAAACUUGUAAUAUCAGUUCGAAUAGUACGGAAUUUUGCACGUACGACCAAAUGUGGCCUGAAAAUAAGUAUAGCAAAUUUGAUCGAAAUCGGCUCAGAUAUAGCCACAUCCGAUUUGUUAUUUUUGUCGUCCGCAACCGUAAUAAGCACUCUGCAAUAACUAUAUUUUGGAAAGCUCAGAAAUACCUUUGCUAAAUUUUAUCAAGAUCGGUUCAAAUUUGGAUACAGCUCCCACAUAUAUAUCUUCCUCCGAUUUGCCUUUUAUUGUGCACCAAACGUGUAAUUUUCGCCCAAAUCGGAUUGAAUUGGGCACUUACGAACAAAUUGAACCUAGAAACAAGUCGAUUCAGAUAUAGCUAUAGGUCCCAUAAAUAUUGUUCAUCCGAUUUGUAAUAUUUGUUCUCCACAACCGUAAUAUGCAUUCCGUAACAACGAUAUUCGGGGAAGUAUAUCAAAUAUAGCUCAGGAAUACCUUUUCCAAAUUUUAUCGAGAUCGGUUCAGAUUUGGUUAUAGCUCCCAUAUAUAUCUUUAUCCGAUUUCAAGUUAAUUGUGCACCAAAUUUGUAAUGCAAGCCUGAAUUGUAAAAGGUGAAUUUAGUAGAAAUCGAUUCAGGGGAGGAUAUUUCUUUGGACUUUAAAUGGAUUAUGUAAAGAUUGUUUUUAAGACUCCUCCAAGGCCUAAAGUCGUGGAUAUUUUUCUAGACUCCUUCAAGUACCAGGGGCUUGGAUUAUGUAAAGAUUGUACCAGGUACCAGGUGAUUGGAUUAUGUUAAGACUGCUCCAAGGCCUAAGGUUGUGGAUUUUUUGACAAUUUUUUUCUAGACUGGAUUUUCUAGUUUUUUUUUUUUUCUAGGCUCCUCAAAGACUGGAUUUUUUUCCAGACACUUUCAAGGCACUGGGGCUUGAAUUUUCUAAAGAUUUAUUCUAAAUUUGUCAUUCUAAUUGCAACACCUCCAAAUUGUCUUCUCUCCAAGACUCCAUAAAGAUUUUAUAUAUUCAUGAUCAGCGCUAAAUUCAUCGCGAUUUAAUCACAUCCAACCGUUUGUUGACAUCAAAAUAGAAGCCAUACUAUUAAAGAUACAAUUUUGAAAAUUUUGUUGGUAUUGAAAAUGGUAUAUUUAGGACGUAAUUACCAACAAAUUCAAUUCAGUUUUUGGUAUAGCUCCCACAAAACCAUAACUUCUAUUCUUGGCAUUGCCAACAACCAACCAACCAAAUGUCACCUUUCACCUAAAAAGAAAUGGUCAGUUCAAGCACGCAAAUGUGGUCUAUCCGAAAUACAUUUAAGAACUGAGCUGUCAAUGACGAAUUUGUAAUCUGUUCCAGAACUGCAAGAAUGUAAAAUGUUUUAUUUCGAUAACCGAUUUCCCCUUUAUGGAUUGGGGAAAAAUUGCAAAAUUAGUAGAUUCUUGCAGGUUAUGGAACAUAUUUGUAAUUCGUCAUUGACAGCACAGUUCUUAAAUGUAUUUUGCCAAAUUGGAUUGAAAUUUUACUACCUUCAUGGAUUUCAAUUAAUGGAUUCCCUUUGCCCAUUUUACACUGGCCAAAUGCUAAUGUUUCAAUUCCUUUUUCGCUUUUUGAUGUAUUCUCCAAAUAUUUGUCAUCCAAGAGCCUCAGAAAAAAAAUACGUAAUUGGCCCCUCAGAAAGCUUACGAACCUAUUAACAACUGUAUGCUAAGAUAUAUGUACGUAAAUUCAUAAACAAUUUUAAAUUGUAAAUUUUGUGUAAGAAAAAAAAAAAAAAACAAAAAGUGGAUCACAAAAACCAACAACCAAAUUAAAACUUAAUUCACCAUCACCACCAUAAACGCCUUCAUGAUUCAGCUGUAAUGCAUUUUACAAAUAAUUGUUUUUAGGUUUUUAGUUCCAUAUUAAAAAAAAUGUAUACAUAAAUAUAUAUAAAAAAUUGUUUGUUAUUAAUUUUGUUUUUAACUGCAUUCUCGUUUUUGUCUUCUUUUGUUUGGUUACUGUGCAAUUUUUCCUAAACUUAAUUCCUAAUCCUUCUUCCUACACCACCACUACCACCACCUAGCAUGUAGAUGGAAUCUAUAACCUAUUGAGAAGUAUAGCAAAAAAACCAUCAAGUGAUGAAUACAAAAGAAAAUUAAACAAAACAAAAAGUAUAUUGUUAAAGAAAUAAACACACACACAUACACACUAUACAUUCAACAAAUUACAAUAUUCUAAUGUUUAAAAAGAAAUUACUACUCUGUAUUAAGUUACAAAUAACAACAACAGCAACAAAUACAAAACCGAAAUAAUAUAUGAAAUAUACAUUAUAUGGCAUAUUAGAACAAAUUUACUAAUAUAUCAUCAUUAAUAUGGAUGAAAUAAAAAAAAAAAACAAAAACAAGAAAACAAACUGAAUAGAACAAACAUAACAAAAAAAUAAAUAAAAAUGAGAUUUAAUUGAAUGUACCAAAAAA